CCGAGUGAUUGUAGCUUCACAGAAUGACUGCUUGUUUUGAUGUAACUGACCCAGGCUUGGGUUUCUCCGGGCACUGCUGAGAAUUUCUCUAUUAUCUUCACUGGAAAUAAUUUUACUGUCACCCAAGGAGGGAUAAAAGGGUUGACAGGCGACCAAACCAUGGAAUCCAUGCUCAAUAAGUUAAAGAGCACCGUCACCAAGGUGACGGCCGACGUCACCAGUGCCGUGAUGGGAAACCCCGUGACGCGGGAGUUCGAAGUCGGACGCCAUAUCGCAAGCGGAGGACCUGGCAUGAGUUGGAGAAUCUACAACGGCACGAAGAAGUCCACCAAGCAGGAAGUAGCAGUCUUCGUGUUUGAUAAGAAGGUUGUUGACCGAUAUCAAAAGUUUGAAAAGGACCAGAUCAUCGAUUCGCUCAAACGAGGAGUUCAGCAGUUAACACGCUUACGACACCCGCGUCUUCUCACGGUCCAGCAUCCUCUAGAGGAGUCAAGGGAUUGUCUGGCAUUCUGCACAGAGCCUGUGUUUGCAAGCUUGGCUAAUGUACUGGGUCAGUGGGACAAUCUGCCCAGUCCUGUUCCUACAGAUAUCAAAGAGCACAAACUUUUCGACGUAGAGACAAAGUAUGGCUUACUACAGAUAUCGGAGGGCUUGUCCUUCCUGCACAAUGGGGUGAAGAUGGUGCACGGUAACCUGUGUACAGAGAACAUCAUCCUGAAUAAGAGUGGAGCGUGGAAAAUCAUGGGCUUCGACUUCAGCAUCUCUUCCAGCAACCCGUCUGACGCAGAGCCCAAAUACGUAUGUAAAGAAUGGGACCCUAAUCUUCCCCCUCUCUGCCUGCCUAAUCCGGAGUACGUAGCUCCAGAGUACAUCCUGUCAGUCAGCUGUGAGACUGCCUCUGACAUGUACUCACUGGGUGUGGUCAUGCAUGCAGUCUUCAGUGAGGGCAAGCCGGUGUUCCAGGUCAAUAAGAUGGAUAUAUUCAAGAGUUUCAGCAGGCAACUAGACCAGCUGAGUCGCCUGAGUCCAGGAGUGCUGAGUAAGAUCCCAGAGGAAGUGCGAGAGCACGUGAAGAUGCUGCUGAGCGUCACAGCCAAUGUGAGACCAGACGCAGACCAGAUGACGAAGAUCCCGUUCUUUGACGAUGUGGGAGCGGUGACGCUGCAGUAUUUUGACUCCUUGUUCCAGAGAGACAAUUUACAGAAGUCACAGUUCUACAAAGGUCUCCCGAAAAUCCUUCCCAAGCUGCCCAAGAGAGUUAUAGUUUACCGGAUCCUUCCAGCCCUCACAUCUGAGUUUGUGAAUCCCGACAUGGUGCCGUUCGUGCUGCCCAACGUGCUGCUCAUAGCAGAAGAGUGCACCAAAGAAGAGUACAUACGUCUGAUCCUGCCUGACCUUACCCCAGUGUUCAAACAACAAGAACCUGUUCAGGCCAGCAACAUGAUACUUCUAAUAUUCUUACAAAAAAUGGAUCUGCUUUUGACAAAGACGCCAGCCGAGGACAUCAAAAACAGCGUGUUGCCCAUGGUGUACAGAGCACUAGAAGCUCCCUCGAUUCAAAUUCAGGAGUUGUGCCUAAAUAUUAUCCCCACCUUUGCCAACCUGAUCGAAUAUCCUUCCAUGAAGAACGCGCUUAUCCCUCGGAUCAAAACGGCUUGUUUGCAGACAUCCUCCCUGGCUGUGAGGGUGAACUCCUUGGUGUGUCUUGGGAAGAUACUGGAGUAUUUAGAUAAGUGGUUUGUCAUCGACGAAAUCCUGCCGUUCCUACAGCAGAUACCUUCCCGCGAACCCGCAGUCCUCAUGGGCAUUCUGGGCAUCUAUAAGUGCACAUUUACCCAUAAGAAGCUCGGCAUCCCAAAAGAGCACCUUGCAGCAAAAAGUCUGCCGCAUCUGGUCUCCCUUAGUAUCGACAACAACCUUAAUCUCAACCAGUUUAACUCGUUCAUGGCUGUGAUUAGAGAUAUGCUGAGUCGAAUGGAGGCAGAGCACAAGACCAAGCUGGAGCAGCUCCACAGCAUGCAGGAGCAGCAAAGAAGCCUUAACCUCAACCAAAUAAAUCCACCAGAAGAGACAAAGAGCAACCCCAGUCCACCCAGUCAAGUUCGCGAUAUUGACGACAUCUUCGGUGCGAAUUCAGCGAGCACAGGAGUAAACGGCAAAGAGAACGGGUCCUCCACUGCCCCUUUUCAGCCCUCUAGAGUGUCCCUCACUCUGGAAGAGAAGCAGCGCUUGGCUAAGGAGCAGGAACAAGCGGCCAAACUGAGAAAUCAGCAGCCUCUGGCCCCACAGAACAUCAAACCCACUACAACAUCCACAGCUGGACAGGCUAAAGACCUGACCAGCAGUCUCCUGAACAACAUGACCUCGCUGAACAGUCUCUCGCUGACCUCCGGCCCUCGCACAGCGCCCAUGCAGACUGGUGCACUCUCAUCUGGCUUCUCCUCCACAGCCUCUAUGGCCCCCAUUAGCAAUGGGUCUAAUUCUCCAAUGGGCUUCCAAGCAGGAGUCAUGGGUAUGCGCCCUGCAGCACCCGGCCUUUACGGAGGCAUAGCCGGCACCAGCAACACACCGAACUUCAAUGCCCACUCGCAGAACCAGAAUCAGUCCGGCAAGCCGCCCGACUUGUCCGCUCUGGACUCUUUGUUUUCAGCUAACAAGCCCAAAGUCAGCCUUAACCAAAUGGUCCCCAAACCAACUGCAGGCACCACCAGCUCUCCCUGGAUGAACCAGUUUGGUACAGGCCAACCCUCUCAGACUGCACCCAUGCAGGCAGUACCAAUGGGAAUGACAGGGGUGCAAGGAGGAUUUGGAAUGCAAGCUAACCCUUUCUUCAGCCCCCAAAACUUCUCACAACCUAAUGCUGCUGUUCCCACCAUGAAAACAGGCAUGCUAAAACAGAGCAUGUCGGUCAAUAAUGACCUGAAAGACCUCUUUGGUUAAAAGGCUCCUUGUUUCCAUUUGCCUUAUGACAGGAAGGUUAAAGAAGAGGAAUCAAUACCAUUCUUUUUUUUUUUUUUUUUUUUUAUUAUUAUUAAUUUUUUUUUUAUUGUGCUGGACCUUGCAGUCAAUCAGAGGUUGAUUUUAGAGGUUGAUUUCAGAGGUUAAUCACCAGCCUUAACCAAGCAGGGUCACAUGUCACACUAGUGUCUUUGCACUUGUUUUACUGUUAUCUGUCUGAACACUGCCCAUUAGGCAUAAAUGUGUUCUUUUGGUUUUUCGUUCUCAAAUUUCACUCACACACACACACACAUAUUCCUCAAAUAAGGAGAAGACGCAGGUAACGGAAGUGCUUCUCCUGGUCAGUUUGCUAGAAUGGAAAAUAAUGCAGGAAUUUGCGUUUUGCUCACUUUACACCGACCUCUCGGUGGAAUUUUAGAAGCACGAGCAAAUUGGAAUCACGAGUGGGCUAUGGAUUCUCUUUUCUUAAAAAAGAUAUCGAGAAAGCAAAUGGAAAAAGAAUGCUGAUUAUUUUGCAGCUGUCCCCACUGACUCCCAUGUUGUUACUCACAGUUACUGGAAAGCAUCUAAUGACAGUAGGUUUCAAAUUUAGCUUUUUCCCGGCAAUUAAAAAAACGGCGAACAAACUUCUGGUGUAAUUUUUGCUUAAACCUGAAAUUAUUUUCGUCACAUAUUCUGUAUAACGAGGUCAGACAUUUGCAUUGUUUUUAUGUUUCCAUGCUUACACUCACUGAGUGUUCUUUCUUAUACUGUGAGUUGAAACAGGCUGAAUUCAGCCCCAUGAAUUCCUGCCCAAGCAUUUAUCUAAGUUUUCAGGAGAGUUGACACAAUUGGUGAUCCAUUUCUUUGGUUUUUUUUUUGUUUUUGUUUUUCUGAUCAGAUUCAUAGUAUAAGAACAAUUCAAGCAAUUCCAGUGCAUCAAACAGCAAUCGUAUUAUAAUGAAGUUUUUUUUUUUUUUCAAUCAUGUUGCAAUGCAACAAUCCAGUUUAAUUUCUUACAUUGGAAAAUCAUAUUUUGACUGAUGCUUGAUUCCAUAUUGAUUUUUUUUUUUUUAUACAUUCUGCUGCAUCAGAACUAAAACGAAUGAAUGCAACAAGGAAAUUCCCUUAAUUGAUAUCAAACAAAGGAUGUAAAAUGGAUUGAUGCAUACUGUAACACUGAUUAAUUUCUUGUUAAAGUAACACUGGUAGAAUUUUUUUCCCAUUAGUGGUUAUGUAAAUUCUACCGAACCACAUUUUCCAUAUUUCGUGUUGGAGAAGUAAAUCUGGUUUGCAAUAAUCAUGUCGAUCCAGAGGAGCUGUUCAGAUUUUAAGCAUGUAGUGUUCAGGAAAGGACCACAUUCACACACACUGGUGCAAAUGUGAUACCUCUUGUGUGAAUGUGGACCUGAGAAAGGAUGAUGUGUGAGUAUUUUUUACUUUUAGAAUAGAAUGAUGGCGAAUGUUUGUGGUUUUUUUUUUUUUUUUUUUUUUUACACCUAAUGCUGGAGUUAUUAUAAACUAACAGUGUGCGAUGGUUUGAGUUCGAGCAGAACAGAACAAAUGGUUGUUGCGGCGCAUGUCUUAGUUCUAGAAAUCGAUCAGGGAAGAUUUCUCUCUGGGUAUAAAUUGGAAUCUGACCACUUCGAAAGCCUUCAGUGAAAUGUAGCCUUGGUGUGGGUUUUGCGUCUGGCUUUGCGUUCGUCCAGCUGCCGCUGUUUGUGCAACUGAUUUGUGUUUAGUGUUCGCGUUUCUCGUUACUGAUUUUCACUGGAGUCACGUGACCGUAGCAUCGACGCUGAGCCGAUUCAGAUGCUUAAUGAAAUAAAGAAAAGAAAAAUCACACAUAGACCAACUAAACCUUUUAUUUUUUAUCAUGACCAAAUAGAUAUCAUGAGACUCUGUAUUAUAUUUACAUAUCAUAGAAAUUAAUUGUACAGUAAAGUGAAAUUUAUUUGACAUUAGUUAAGAUUUUUUUUUAAUAUAUUAUCACUUGGGAUCACUUUCAUAAAGGGGACCUCUGAGUACAAGAGUACAAAAAAGAAAGAAGCCUUAUGAAUAGAGGUGUGCAAUAAAAGGUCUUGGAAGGGUUUUGGUAAAUUGGCUUGAAGUCAACGUGUGUUUUAUUACAUAUGGUUUUGGUAUGAGGACAGAAUCAAACCGAUCGAAUACACCAACGUUUCAUUUAAGCAUCGUUAUUAAAGAUUCAGCCUGAAAGGAAGUCCACAAACUUGAACUAAAAAAAUCUUUUUUUUUCUUUCAUCUAUUUUCAGUGUUUAUUUCUCUGAUCUGGUUUCUUUGUUAGUCAUUUGACCUCUAAAUCAAAGAUGAUAAAAAAGAAAAGAAAAAAAAAAGAAGCAAAGCCUAUUCUUCUAUCUUUAUAUUAUACCAAUGUAAUAUGUGUACAGUGUGGCACUUUUGUGAACUUUGUAUCGUGUUAUGAGAUUGUACUGUCUGAAGUUUGAUGAAAAUCUGUAAAUAUUUCUCAAACACACACACACACACACCCCACACACAUGCCGACGUUCUCUUUGAAGCUUUUCAGUCAUUUUGUUGAACUGAUUUGAUUGUGUAGAUUCUUAAUGGCAGUGUAUAGUUUUGGACAGAAAAAAAAAAAUCGAUUUGAAGAAUAAACAGAAGGUAUAAAUAAAGAUCUUCAAACAGCAA